AUGAUAACGAAACGUUAUUUAUGUACGAUUUGUGAUCGUAUAUUAACAACAUCUGUCAUGAGUGAAGGAACUAUACAACAUCGUCCAUCAUCACCCAUGACACCACCUUCUACAGGAAUCCCUUGUCGUUUUUUUUCUCAACAAUGUCAAUUGUAUCCAUGUAAACCAGUCUACCAAUAUACAAGUUUCAUUAAAAAAGAACAUGAUCAAACAUUACGACAACGAAAUCCAUUGAAUGAAAAUUUGGAUAGUAACUCUUUUUCAUCAGAUCUUCAAGAGUUAUUUACAAAUAUACAAGAUAAAACAUAUCAAUCAAAUAGUCGACAAUUAGCAUUAACAAUACAUCAUCAAUAUCAUCUAGCUAAUCGACAUGAUUCUAUAAAACGUUCAAAGACAUCUCUCGAUGAGCAAAGUCGUUUAUUACAUGAACGGUUAACAGAGAAGAAAAAUAUUGGUUAUACGAAAAACACUCAACAUGAUUUAAAACAAGCUAUUCAACGUCAUCUAAGAAUUUCUGCUAAAUUUUGCGCAUAA